UCACACUGCACACAAGUUGAGCGAAGCCAUCCAACACAGCAGUCAUCGGUCGCACAUGAAGGCACGGUACGCACCCACGCAGACACACGACACGAGCAUCCAGAGCCACACACAUCAUCCCACAUCCCCACCUCCGCCCCCACCGUUGGGUCUGCCGAACGACAGACGGCACACCGACAUAGAGCUGGCCAAGGCGCUAGUGAACCAACUGCUGCUGGCACCCCGCUUGCCCCUUCACUGGCUGUCCUGCGUCUGCCUCAGCCUCCUUGCCUUGCCCUUGGGAUAGUGCCUGACGCCCACACACCAACCAACACACAGCACCCCCCAUCACAGACACCUUCACCCACCGAUCGAUCCCUCCAUCCGCCCACACAUCCGUCUGCCCACCUUGUCUCGAUGGGGUCAAACCCCUUCUCUUGCGCGCCCCGCACGGCCCAUUGUGGAGUGGGAGCGCAGUAGUCGAGAGCACCGAACAGCUCGCCACUCGUGGCCUGAUACAUAGAUUGACGGAUGGAUGGAUGGAGCCACCAAUCACUGAUUCUCUUGAGCGUCGGUGUGUCCCUGGCUGAGGUCUUACCAGCUGGUGGAAUCUAUCGUAAUCGAUCCACGUGUGCCACACGCCGUCGAUCUUGAAGCUGCAUACGCCACAGAAGCAAGACCAGAGCGUCUGUGGCUGUGUGGGUGUACAUGGUGCCUUCGCACGGCUUUAUCGUACCUUUUUUUCGCAAUGACGACGCAGUUGGAGUGCUCGUGCUCACAGGCCAGCUCGUACUCAUCGGCCAACUCAGCCGAGGACGAUAUGAUGGCGUCAGCAAAGUUCAACACCUACACACACACAGGCACACACAAAGACAGCUGUGGGCCUGCACUCCUACCACGGUAGAGUGUGUUGGUGGUCCUCAAGUCACCUCCUGGUGGUAUGGGACGUGUUUGAUGGUGAGAUGUGACGCUGUCGAUGUGCCGCAGUAGGUGACCGACUUGAUCUCGAUGAAGUCGGGACGACCCAACGACACCAAACGGCCGUACUCACACGCAUCCUGACACACACACACACACACACACAGGAUGCCAAGAGAUACACGUGUUUGUGCUGAUGGAUCGAUCAGUGCACUGUGUACCUGCAUGUUGUGUUGUUUGACGAGUGUGAGGCGGUAGACGGUGCGCUGACGCCGCUCACGCAACGCCGUCAGGGAAUCGACGAAGCGGUCCCAAUAGUCCCCGAACAGAGGACGAUCUGACGCACACGGAAAUGCACUCUUCUCUCCGUCUUCGUCUUGUUAUGGUCUCAUCUUACCGACGGCCUUGAGUGUUUCCGGCGUGGCUGCAUCGACGGACACAUACAGCUGAGUGACGGGCUUCAGAUUGCGGAUGGCCUCAGGGAACUGGGCGUUGGUCACCUGCACACACGCACAUUAGCGGGCGGAUACAUCCACAGGAUGGCUGCUGUGCUGUGCUGUGGGGUGUUGGGCCGUGGUGUGUGCGUACCAGGAAGGUGGAAAUGUGUCUUUCGUGCAGCAUGGCGAUGAGCUCGUUGAUGUGUGGGUACAUGAUAGGCUCGCCAACCAGACUCAACGCGCAGUGCCGGAUCUUCAUUGCCGCCUCCAACCUGUGUGUGUCGCCACAUCCACACACGAGGCAGACGCUCGUUUGGCGGGUCUGUCUGUCUGUCUGUCUGUCUGCAAUGCUGUCUGGCUGUCUGUAUCUGUGGGGUCGGUCACCUACCGUUCUGGUAUGACUCCGGGCAUGCCUUUGAGCGUUUUGACGAGCUGUCUGUGGUUGUCGAUGGUCUGCUGCACUAUCAUCUCGGGAGGGUCCAACGCCCAGCGCCACUCCUUGCCCACCUGUGGAACACACACACCCAACACACACACACACACACACACAAUGGCGCAAUGGCACUUGCCCUGUCUAAAUGAGAGAGGGGCGGCAGUCUUACAGGGUUCUUGUGGUGGCGCCAGCAGAAGACGCACUUGUUGGCGCAUGCCAGGGAUGGCGUGGCCUCCAUGCAGGCAUAGCUCUCGAUCCCAUAGAAAGAAUGCUUGUAGCAGCCCCCACGACCGCGCAGCUGAUGCUUCGUCCACCUGCACACACACACGGCGCCACAACACCACCCACAACACCGAGUGAGUGCGUUGCCUUGGUUUUCUCCCUCUCCCUCCCCCCCUCUGUCUGCCCACCUGCAGAGCUUGACGGCCGAGUGGCUGCCGACAAUGCGAUAGCCCUCUUUGGUCAGCGCCGCCCUCUGCCGUGACGUCACCAUCUCCCUCGCCGUCUCUCUCGCACUGCUGCCCUCACCAGAGGGCUUCCCACCCACAAUGUCCUCCACAUCGUCCGCCUCGGCCUCACCGCCACCCUCCUGCCCAUCGUCAGACGCACUCCCAUCGCUCUCAACAUCGCUCUCAUGGUCAGCCUCAGCAGCAGCAGCAGCAGCAGCGUGGAUCUCUGGUGGGUCUGGUGAGCCCGUCAUGGCUGCAUGGACGAGAGGGAAGAGCCGUGUCAGCCAUGGUGUGAGCUGAGGGGGGAUGUCGGCCGUGUCGGUGAGAGUGCAGGUGGGCAGGAUGCGGUGAGCGGAGAGCGAGUGGAGCAGCCGGUCGAGUGUGUGCGCCGCCCGGCAGAACUGCUCGCCGUACUCGUGGCUGCCGAGACCAACGAUGGCGUACCUGCAGACAGCCACACACAGAUACACACACACACACACACACGUGCACCCCUUCCUCCCCUCCCCCCCUCCCUCCCUCCAGCCGUCACCUUAGCUGCGCAAGUGCCGCCUUGUCAACCCGAAAGUCAUUCCUCCAGUCCUCGAGCAUAGCGAAGAAGGAAGUCCCAGCAGGGGGAGGCAGACCGUCAGUGUAGGUCGAGAUCACGACUAUGACGCACCUCUCGCUCGUCAGGUCAUCGAUGUUGUAGUCGCUCAUGCUGCUGACGGCCACAUGCGCUCUGCUGAGGAGGUAGAGGCGGAGUUGGGACACCAGCUGCCUCGCUUCGGCUUUGGCGGUGCCUCCCAGCGAAGCAAAGAGCACCAGCACCCUCUCGCCCCUUGACGAGCCGCGACGGAGAUCAGGGCGUCCAAGAGAUGACCACAUAACCUCACCUUCUGUCCCUUUCGCUUUUUUCCUUGCGAAAGCUUCUUG